AUGCAUACACAAGCUAACUUUGGCACAAUGCCCCAAAUUUCAAGCCUCCGCCUUCUGUUCUCCUCCGGACGCCACCACACCGCCACCACCACCGCCACCGCCACCGCCACCAACCUUUCAUCAUCUUUUUCCCUCUUUUUCAAACCCAAGAAUCCAUCUUUACACCGACCCAUUGCUUAUCCUAUCCAACCCCAGCUGCGUUUCUUUGCUUUUUCUUCUUAUUCCAAGAAAUACAGUAGAAGCAAGAAUCCCAAUUCUCAGUCUUUCAAUCUCAGGCAUCGAAGCAGCGGUACCUCAAGUGGGACUGAUAAAAGCAGUAAGGGAAAAAGUGGGUUGCCAAUGGAAUCGGAGGAGGGCCCUUCUGCCGGGACGAGUGGGUCCACGUUUGGGUUUAAUCGGAAAAGGGCUGAAGGAAGGGAUAAAGAUUCCAAGAAAAAUCUUCAACUUAAAGUGCGAAAGCUCAAUCCUGUGAAUACUAUUUCUUAUGUUCAGAUUCUAGGUACUGGAAUGGAUACUCAAGACACAUCACCAUCUGUUCUGCUAUUUUUUGACAAGCAGAGAUUUAUUUUUAAUGCUGGAGAGGGUUUGCAACGUUAUUGCACGGAGCACAAAAUUAAGCUGUCAAAGAUUGAUCAUAUAUUUCUCUCACGUGUCUGCUCGGAAACUGCGGGUGGACUCCCAGGGCUCUUGUUGACUUUAGCCGGGAUGGGUGACGAGGGAAUGUCUGUAAAUGUGUGGGGCCCAUCUGACCUGAAGUAUUUAGUUGAUGCAAUGAAAUCAUUCAUUCCAAAUGCUGCAAUGGUUCAUACACGCAGCUUUGGUCCUGCCUCCGAUUCCAUUGCCAAAGACCAAUUUUGUGAACCUCUAGUUCUUAUCAAUGAUGAAGUCAUCAAGUUAUCAGCUGUUCUCUCAAGACCAAGUCCGACUGCUGUGAUGAAUGAAGGAUCCUCAACCACACUCAGAUCUGAACUAACAGCUGAGCCUACCUUGAAGCCUGGUGAUCUCGCUGUGAUAUAUAUCUGUGAAUUGCCUGAAAUUCAGGGGAAAUUUGACCCCAGUAAAGCAGCCGCUCUUGGUUUGAAACCUGGACCAAAGUUUCGGGAACUGCAGCUUGGAAACUCAGUAAAGUCAGAUCGUCAGAAUAUUAUGGUUCACCCAAGUGACGUCAUGGGUCCUUCUGUUCCUGGUCCAAUAGUACUGCUUGUAGACUGCCCAACAUUGAUGCAUCUUAGAGACAUGUCAUCUGCACAAUCUCUAUCCGCUUAUUAUACAGAUACAUCUGGUGACUCAUCUCAUACGUCCAAAGCCGUAAAUUGUGUUAUCCACCUAAGUCCUUCACAUGUCACAAAUACAACAGACUAUCAAAAGUGGAUGUCAAGAUUUUCUGGAGCCCAGCACAUCAUGGCAGGGCAUGAAAUGAGGAAUAUUGAGUUUCCUAUCCUACAAGCCAGUGCUAAAACUGCAGCAAGGCUGAACUAUCUUUGCCCGCAGUUCUUUCCUGCUCCUGGCUUCUGGUCUCAUCAGCACCUUAACAUACCAUCAGGCUUGACCGCAUGUGGAGAGGGUCUUUUGUCGGGGCAGUGUGAAACCAUUCCUGCAGAGAAUCUCCUCAAGUUUAACUUGCGUCCAUAUGCACAACUUGGCUUAGACAGAUCUAGUGUUCCUAAAAGAGUAUCUCACUCGGAAAUAAUUGAUGAGCUAAUGACAGAGAUACCAGAGAUUGCUGAUGCCUCGGACCAUGUUUCCCAGCUUUGGCUCAGGGAUGGAAAACCGAGCAUGGAGGACCCACAUGGGCUAUCUGGUCAAUUAUUGAAUGAAGAAAAGGAUGAACAUCCUGAUUGUUUGGAAGACAUAUCAAGAGAAGAUCUUGAGAUUGUUCUCCUUGGGACUGGGUCAUCCCAGCCUUCAAAAUACAGAAAUGUCAGUUCUAUUUUGGUCAAUCUUUUCUCCAAAGGGAGUUUACUUUUCGAUUGCGGUGAAGGAACCUUGGGCCAGCUGAAAAGGAGGUUCGGUGUUGAGGGUGCUGAUGAUGUCAUCCGAGGUUUGAGGUGUAUAUGGAUAUCUCAUAUUCAUGCGGAUCACCAUACUGGCCUUGCAAGAAUACUGGCCCUUAGACGAGAGUUGUUGAAGGGGUUACCCCAUGAACCUUUGCUUGUUGUCGGUCCCAGGCAGCUUAAGAGAUUCUUAGAUGCAUACCAGAGACUUGAGGAUCUGGAUAUGGUAUUUCUUGACUGUAGGCAUACCACUGAAUCAUCCUUGAAUGAACUUGAUAUAGUUCCAAAAACUGUCGUAAAUGGUGAUAAUGUAAUGGAUAUGAAUGAAGAUCGAAAGAUUGACCUCACACUGUUUGCUAAAGGAAGCCGCAUGCAGAGUUACUUCAAGUUGCCUAGCAGUUCAACCGAAAAUGCUGUGGUUUAUCCUAUUUUGAAGACAUUAAUGAAGGUGCUCGGAGAAGCAGGAUUAGAAACCUUAAUGAGUUUUCCUGUAGUUCAUUGUCCACAGGCAUUUGGUGUUGUCCUCAAGUCUGCAAACAGAGUGAAUGGUGACGGGAAAACAAUUCCAGGAUGGAAGAUUGUGUACUCGGGGGAUACUAGACCUUGUCCAGAACUGGUGAAAGCUGCAAAUGGAGCAACCAUUCUUAUUCACGAGGCAACAUUUGAAGAUGGCAUGCUGGAGGAAGCCGUUGCCAGAAAUCACAGCACAACAGGAGAAGCUGUCCAAGUUGGCGACUCGGCCGGAGCAUAUCGCAUAAUUCUAACACACUUUAGUCAAAGAUAUCCCAAAAUUCCAGUUUUUGAUGAAGCCCAUUCGCAUAACACAUGCAUAGCUUUCGAUAUGAUGAGUGUAAAUUUGGCUGAUUUGCCUUUACUUCCCAAAGUUGUUCCCUUUGUUAAGCUUCUGUUUAGGGAUCAGGUGAUGCUUGAUGAAUUUGAUGAAGCGAAUCUUGAAAGUGCUGUAGCAUAA